AUGGCAGAGGCCCCAGGGCGCGACAGGCUAAGCGCGCUCCCCGACGACCUGCUGCAUCACGUCAUGGGCUUCCUGGACACGCGGAUGGCCGUGGGCCACUUAAGCCUCCUGUCUCGCCGGUGGCGGUACCUGUGGGCGUCCAUGCCCCGCGUCGACCUGGACGAUCGGUCCGUCUCCGAGAGGUGGGGCAGCACGCUCCUCCUCCUGCGCGACAGCUACGACGCCCAGCUGCACACCUUCAGCCUUCGCAGCUCCAGAGCGAGCCAAUUCCCGUACCAGUGCUGGUGGCUGCGCCAUGUCGUGGUGGGUAACGGCAUCCGCGUGCUCCACAUCACCCUCAGCGGCGCCUCCCCUUUCGAUCUGCCUGACUGCGUGUUCAACAGCUUGACACUCGAGGAGAUCGUCCUGUCGUUGAGGAUUCAGGAGCAAAUCGUGCCUGAGUCUGUCUGCCUGCCACGGCUGAAGAAACUGCGGCUUGUCAACGUGCGCCUGCUCCUUUCAUCUGUGGCGGAGAGUCUCAACUCCGGGCUCCCAGAACUUGAAGAACUGGAUCUGGACCGGUGCUGCCUCCAUCGCUUCAGGAUAUCUUCUCAGACUGUCAAGACAUUGUCCGUGACGGCCUGCACUUACGUGGAGAUGCAUGUUUCUGCCCCUAAUGUAGUUUCCCUGAGGUUAACUGUUGCAGGAAGAGUUAAGCUGGAUGCCAUGCCUUUCCUGUCGAGGGCUUGGGUGAAUAUUUCUGGUGAUGGAGUAAAUCGCCUUGCUCCGGAUGAACAUGGUUUUCUUGGUGCUCUUUCUAGUGCGCAGCAUCUUGAGCUAUUUAGAUUUGAUUCGCUUCUCCAGGUUAUGAAGCAGAAUCCUGCUACUGAAGGUCCAAUAUUUGGCAAAUUGAAGAGCUUGUAUCUUGGAGAAUGGCUGGUCGCUGAUUUCUACCAGCCAGUUGCUUAUUUUCUUAACCAAGCUCCUAAUUUGGCCUCUCUGAUUUUAGAUACAUUGAAGGCGUGUGAAGAAAAUGCUGGUUUGCUGGUACCUCGUCAAGCGUCCUUGCGGAAGGAACCUAAUUACAAACUGAAACUGGCAUCUGCAUCCACAGGCCUUGAGAUGCUCCGCCUCAGAAUCUCGAAAGGCCACGACGCUGCAGAAUUCAGCAAAAUGCGUGGGUUGUUGAAGGAGAAAACAAAGCCUAAAGAGAUGGAGGUCAUAUGGUUUUAGUCUACUCAUUUCUUCUGGAGUAUGAUGAUGGCAUUUUUAGUUUUUCCUA